AAAUUACAAACACGAAUUAAUAAAACUCUGAUUAAAAUUGAAACACGUAGUUCAUGUAGUCUGACAACAUUUACAGGCGAAUUCAAGAAAGUAUUCAAAUAACUAUGUUUGCAGAAGUAGUAAUAUCACUACUCCUAGUUUGGCUUGUUUGGUUCUGUAUAACCACCUAUCUGGAAAGAAGAACACUCCCACCUGGACCAUUCCCAUUUCCAUGGAUUGGGAACCUACCAGUCUUACUAACAAACCCAGUCAAUCCAAUGAGAAUACUGAGGCAGAAGUAUGGGGAUAUUUUUACAUUAACAUUUGUCACAGGAAAUACUGUUUUUUUGAACAACGCCACUCUCAUGCAAGAAGCUAGGCUUACAAGAAAAGACGACAUAUUAGGCAUUUUGAGUGAAUACUUUUAUCCAAUAAAUAUCAUUGUGGGUUCAAAUGACUUAGUGUAUGCUGACUAUGGUACAGUAUAUUUGUUUCGUAGGAAAGUAUUCAUGUCAGCUAUGCAUGUGUUCGGAACAGGAAUUGAGAAAGCAGAAGAGAAAGUAGGGUUUGCUGUAAGAUCUGCUCUUGAAAGAAUUGAAUCACUGAACGGCCAACCGUUCUCAGCAAAGGACCUUGCAGCAUCCGCAAUUCUCAUUCAGCUUUGGGAAUGGAUCACGUCCAAAAAAGUAUCCUUUGAUGAUCCAACUAUUACAUCCUUAUUCGAGUUUCGUGAUAUACUUGUAAAACAAAGCUGGCAAAGUGCCCUGUACGAACUAUUGCCAUUUCAGUCUUACCUUCCCACAGAGUUUAAUCGAAACAUAAAACGAGCUCAAAGGAUUAAGGACAUGAUAUUUCCUCCGGAGUUUAAAACCCACAUGGAGUCAUACGUCCCAGGUGUUAUACGUGACAUGACGGAUAGUUUUAUUAGUGCGUAUGAAAAAGAGAUCGCGAAGGAGAAUGCCAAGGAUAUUGGAUCUAUAAAUGAUAUCCCCGGUUUAAUGUUGGACGUUGCUUUGGGUGGUUCGGAUACAACAUCUGCAACUAUUGCAUGGUUCAUUUUGUACAUGGUCUUAUAUCCAGACAUUCAGGCAAAACUCCAUGCCGAACUUGAUCAAGUGGUGGGUAAUGAGCGCUUGCCGUGCUGGGAGGAUGCUAAGGACAUGCAUUAUCUCCAGGCGACUUUAUGCGAAGUUCUUCGAAGGUCGACCCCGAUCCCAGCAGCACGUGCAAAUGCUAUCCGUGAUGUAACACUUGGCGGUUACCGAAUUCCCAAGGGAACGUUGGUGGUGUUUAAUUUAAGUGAAAUUCAUCUGGACAAGCGUGAAUGGCCUCAGCCUGACGAAUUUAUUCCAGAACGAUUUCUCAAUGGUGAUGGUAAUUUUGUUGGUUGGACCUCAUUUCAUGCUUUUAUGCCAUUCAGUCUUGGCCGCAGAAAAUGUGCCGGCAUGAGAUUUGCGAAGAUCAUGAUGUUUACAUUUACAGCUGCAAUGUUACACCAUUUCAAGUUCGAGCUACCCUACGGUGUAGAGAAACCAAGCAGCGAGCCUCCAGGGUUGCAAAUAAUUACAUCCCCAAAUGACUUUGAAGUUGUUGCAAAGAAACGGUGUUAAUUAGUUACAUAUAAGUAUAAGAGGAAUUUUUCAAAUAUGUAUGCUUACAUGAGAAAUUAAAAUUGAAUUCUUGCAAAA